AUGGAGAAUAAUAAGAUACAAUCGUCUUUAUUCGAAAAAAAUAACUCCUGUGAAACAUCAUCAUCACCUUGUAAUGAUCCUUGUGAAAAGCUUUUAGUUUGUAAUGUAUUUCAUGAAGAACCUUCUUCAUAUACUGAAAGUAAUUGCCCUAUAUCAAAUAGUGAUUCAAGAACUUCGUCUUUGUCAAGUAUAUCAAAUUCUUCUGAAAAUGAUUUAUUUAUGCAUGUAUCUGGUACUACAAGAAAAUCGACCUCAUCAAAUAAUGACAAUAGUGAAUUGCCUUUGGAUGCUUUAAUGGAUAAUCUUUUUAUAAAUACUCACAAAUCUAUAUUGGAUCUUAAAAACUAUGUUCGGAAGUUGGAGAGUGACUUAAUAAAGCAGGACAAAAAAUUAAAAGAGCAAAAUGAGUCGAUGAAGCAGUUUAACAAACAAACUGAGAUAAUAGAACAACUCGAAAAACAGAAUAAAGGAUUAAAAACACAGAAUGAAGAGCUAAAAACACAGAAUAAAGAAUUAAUACCACAGAAUAAAGAGUUGAAAACACAAUAUAAAAUGUUGGAAAUGCAUAACGAAGAAUUAAAGAAGCAGAAUGAAGAAUUGAAAACACAAAAUAAGGAAUUGAAAAAAAAUAACGAAGAAUUGAAAAAAAAUAGGGAGGAAUUGGGAAAAAAUAACGAGGAAAUUGGAAAAAAUUACAAAGAAUUAAAGAAAUGGAAUGAAACACAAAAUGAAGAAUUGAAAUUUAAUAAGCUA